AUGUUGGACAUCAAGUGGACUCCUGUGCGUUUCUUGGCUUAUGGUGUCGGUCACGUUCUCAAUGAUAUGUGUGCAUCCACAUGGUUCUCCUAUCUACUCGUUUUUCUACGUCAUGCAGUCGUCAUGUCCCCCGUAGACUCGGCAAUCGUCAUGUUUUGUGGCCAAAUUGCCGAUGGACUUGCCACGCCCUUAGUUGGCGUCUUUUCCGACCGUUCAUCGGGUCUUUCCUGUCUUGGAUUAGGACGUCGUAAAACGUGGCUCGCUAUUGGCUCUUUGCUCGUGAUGUUGUGCUUCUUUUUCGUCUUUGCCACGUGUUUACCCCAAUGGUUUUCCGACUCUCCCAGUCGUUUCAUCAUGCUUGUUUAUUAUAGUACAGCUGCUAGUAUUUUUAAUAUUGGAUGGGCAACUGUCCAAGUCUCACAUAUGGCAAUGGUACCGGAAUUAUCCGAAGAUGAUAAUAUCCGGUGUAUUCUCAACAGUACCCGGUACGCUUUUACGAUUUUAUCUAAUGUCUUGAUUUUUUGUGUCUUUUUAAUCUUGCUACGAGAUGUGGCACCUUUUGGAGUUCCUGAUGCCGAGAAAUUUACGUUACUGGCUUAUACUUCACUUGUGGUCGGUGGAAUUUGUACACUUAUUUUCUUAUCGGGAACUCCAGAGAAAGUGAUACCACUACAAAUACAGAAGAAAACUCCUGGUCAUGUUUUGGCACAAAGUCCAGUGAUGGCGGAUUUGAAAGGACAAGGACUCAGUGGAUUCCCAUCUGAAGAAGAUUUGAAUGUUUCCACCGUGGAAGUGACAGAAGCUUUGACUGAGCACAUGACGUGGAAAUGUUGGUUCAAAUUGGGCAUGUUUUAUGAGGUGGGGGUGGUCUAUAUGUGCACAAGACUAGUGGUAAACAUCACGCAAGUGUUCAUUUCGUUCUACCUUAUCGUGACGCUCGACAUGUCGGCGAUCUCGAUCGCUAUUGUGCCAUUGCUAGUGUAUCUCUCUGGUUUCUUGGCAACAUUCUUCUUGCGCUACUUGAAUGAAUCUCUGGGACGCACAGGGUCAUUUGCUCUUGGAGCCGGCAUGAUUGUGCUUGCGCUGACACUUUCUUACUUUUUAUCGGCGAAAACGGCUACAUGGAUUUAUCCGUUCUCAAUCAUCUUGGGUAUGGGCAACUCGAUUAUUAUGGUCACAUCAGUAUGUCUAACGGGAGAUCUGGUCGGAAAUAAUGUUGAAAGUGGUGCCUUUGUCUACGGCGCAAUGAGCUUCACGGACAAAAUUUCAAAUGGAAUUGCCAUUUUAUUGAUCCAGAAUACGCGGCAGCAGCUGCAAGAGAUGCCAAACGAAGACGGCAUGUAUUUGCGGCAAGUGUACUGCAUCCUACCGUCUCUUGCUGCACUUGUUGGUCUAUGCACAGUGCUGUUCAUGACGCACUGCAGUAAAUCUGGUGACAGAAGGCGACACAAAGAGGCAAGUGCGUUCAGCAGCAAAUUAGAAGAAACCGAAAUGCUGCCUGUGAACGACGUGAAACGAGAAGGGUAUGGCUCGGUCUAG